AUGAAAUUCGACAUGGUGCCACGUCUCGUGAAUCUGCCAGCGAACAGGCAUCAAUUUGUCCUGGCCGACGGUACCCCAUUCUUUCUUCGUGCAGCUGAGCUUCAAAACUCCUCAUUCUCCUCCGCUGAAUACAUGAGCAAGAUCUGGCCUAUCCUCACUGCUCAGAAUGUCAACCUUGUAUUUGGACCUGCCGCUUGGGAAGACAUCGAGCCCGAAGAAGGCAAGUUUGACUUUGAAGAAUUGGAUAAACUCAUUGCAGGAGCCCGCAAACAUGAACUCAAAUUGGUGAUCCUAUGGUUUGGUGCUUGGAAGAACGGAAUGUCAAAUUAUGUACCAUCUUGGGUGAAGCGCGACCCGAAGCGUUUUCCUCGAUCACGCGUUCAACCGUCCCCUGGAUCGACCUCCCGGAUGGUCGAAGUGCUCAGCCCAUGUUCAAAAUCAAACGUCAAUGCGGACAGCAAAGCUUUUGAAGCUCUCAUGGAUCACCUCAAGCUUGUCGAUGGCGAACAAGGGACGGUCGUCAUAGUACAGGUGGAAAACGAGGUAGGGCUUUUAGGGGACUCAAGGGAUAGGUCUUCGACUGCCAACGCAAUUUUUGAUUCGCCCGUGCCCGAAGAAGUUAUGUCGAAACUCUGUCAAGCGGCCGCUGAGGGGAGUUUGAGAGACUUGCUCAAGGAGAACAUACCAUGCCUAGGAGAUGCUAUGUGGUUAUCACAGAGCAAAGGGAAAAGCUGGUCUGAAACUUUUGGCGUCAGCGUCUAUACCGACGAGCUAUUCAUGGCUUACAAUUAUGCCAAAUACAUCAAUCAAGUCGCUUCGGCUGGUCAGAAAAAAUAUAAUUUGCCUAUGUUCACAAAUGGUUGGCUACGUACUUCAAAUUCCGUUCCAUCUUCCACUGCAGGGGGUGGAGCAUAUCCUGGUGAAUAUCCAUCAGGCGGACCAGCCGAUUCCGUUAUCGAUAUAUACCAAUUGUUUGCCCCAAGUCUACAAUUUGUCAGUCCCGAUAUCUACCUGGUUGAUUAUGUGGAGAUCUUCAAGGCGUACAAACAUAACAACCAACCACUUUUCGUUCCCGAACAUAGAAGGGAUGAAUACGGCGCUUUAAGGAUCUGGCAAGCUAUUGGCGAUUACGAUGCCUUGGCUAUGGGUCCAUUUGGUAUAGACACCCUGGAUCCUCUUACAUCCCCCUGGACCAAACAUUACGGAUUGUUAUCGAAAGUGGAAGGGUUCAUCUUAGAAGCUUGGCAGAAAGGCAGUCUUGUCACUGGUUUCUACUUCGAUCGAUUUGAUGUUGGUCAUACGGAUCUUUCGACACCUAAAGAAGUUGACAUGGGUGAUUGGCAUCUGAAGAUCGAGAGAGCGGCAACAUUUGGAGGAGCACAUCCGGAGCCAGGCUAUGGUCUAAUCAUACAACGAUCAGAUGAUUCCUUCCUGCUCAUAGGCGAGGGUUACAUGGUAAACUUCCAAUCUUUGAAGGCCGAUGCUGUAUUCACCGGUAUACUGGAGUUUGACGAGAUGGAAACCGUAAAAGGCCAGCCGAAUGAGUUGAGGAAAAUUCGUAGACUAAAUGGUGAUGAGAUUAAAAGUGGCCAAGCGGCCGUCAUGCCAACUCUAGGCGGCGGCCCUUCAUAUGGCGAUUUCCCCAUUGCGAUCACCAUUCCGGGGGAAACUGGGCUGGCUCUAUGUACUGUGUAUAGUCUUUCGGACUCUCUGUAG